UAUGAAAGACGUAAAUGAAUCUGAUGUAAGAAUGUCGCAGACAAGCAUUGAACUUCACCAUAAAGAAAAAGAAGUAACAGGAACCGUCAAAACAACGAAGAGGGCACCAUAUGUUGCUUCUGUUCAACACAAUAAUCAAAACAUAAACGCUGGUAAACUAUCUGAUCUUGAUUGUCGUAGGGAAGAAAAUAGAAUGCAGAGGAUUUAUUGUGCCUCGCCUCAGCUGUUGGGCAGGGAAGACAAUGGUGGGUCUUAUGGUGUGCAUAGAAUGACAUCAGAUCAGGAGAGCAACAGGGCACUAGUUGAGACAGUACGUCAGGACAAUAGCAGGGCACCAAGGCACCAUAACAGCAUGGCACCACAUCAGGACAGCAGUAGGGCACGACUUCAGGAGAGCAACGGGGCACCAGCUCAGGACAGCAGCAGGACACUACAUCAGGACAGCAGCAGGGCACUAGGUCAAGACAGCAGUAGGGCACCAGGGCAGCACAAAAGCAGGGCACCAGGGCAGGACUGCAGCAGGGCACCAGGGCAGGACAGCAGCAGGGCACCAGGUCAGGAGAAAAUCCUCAGGAGGAGGAAUAGCCACAAGACAGGAAAGCAGCUGGACGAGACCAGUCUACCCAGUCUAGCCACUGAUGCAGUAAAAAAGGGAAAGAAACGUUGCAAGCCCGGAGUCACUCUACCAUCGAUAGCGGACGGAAAACGUGCCCUGUGCAGUGCUGCUCCACCUGACAUGCCUGACGGAAGGAUGGAUACAGAUUUACCACCAGUAAGCGUUUUACCUUAUUAAUCAGUGUUUCGUAUGAGCUGU